UGGGUAUGUUUUUGUUUUCAGGUUGGAAAAAUGCAGGGCAAUAAAGGCUUUAACAUGGAUAAACAGAACCACACUCCAAGAAAGCAACAUCAGCAACAUCAGCAACCACCGAUUCCUGCCAACGGGCAACAGACCAACAGCCAGAAUGAAGGUCUGACAAUUGACCUGAAGAAUUUUCGGAAACCUGGUGAAAAGACCUUCACCCAGAGGAGCCGUCUGUUUGUGGGGAACCUGCCCCCAGAUAUUACAGAGGAGGAGAUGAGGAAGUUAUUUGAGAAAUAUGGAAAGGCAGGUGAAGUCUUCAUACACAAGGACAAAGGCUUUGGCUUUAUCAGGCUGGAAACUCGCACUCUGGCAGAGAUUGCAAAGGUGGAACUUGACAACAUGCCUCUGCGUGGGAAGCAGCUAAGAGUGCGUUUUGCCUGCCACAGUGCAUCGCUGACCGUCAGAAACCUGCCUCAGUUUGUGUCAAAUGAGCUCCUUGAGGAGGCCUUCUCGAUAUUUGGCCAGGUGGAGAGGGCUGUGGUAAUUGUGGAUGACAGAGGAAGAUCUUCUGGGAAAGGCAUUGUGGAGUUCUCAGGGAAGCCAGCUGCCAGAAAAGCCCUGGAUAGAUGUAGCGAAGGGUCUUUCCUGCUAACUACGUUUCCUCGGCCUGUCACUGUGGAGCCCAUGGACCAGUAUGAUGAUGAGGAGGGACUGCCAGAGAAAUUGGUCAUCAAAAACCAGCAGUAUCACAAGGAGCGUGAGCAGCCUCCUCGGUUUGCACAGCCUGGUACCUUUGAAUAUGAGUAUGCCAUGCGCUGGAAGGCUUUGAUAGAGAUGGAGAAGCAGCAGCAAGAACAAGUAGACCGUAACAUCAAGGAAGCACGAGAGAAGCUGGAGAUGGAGAUGGAAGCAGCUCGCCAUGAGCAUCAAGUUAUGCUCAUGCGGCAAGAUUUAAUGAGACGUCAGGAAGAACUGAGGAGAAUGGAGGAACUGCAUAACCAGGAAGUGCAGAAACGUAAACAGCUGGAACUCAGGCAGGAGGAAGAACGCAGGCGCCGUGAGGAGGAAAUGAGGAGGCAGCAGGAGGAGAUGAUGAGGCGUCAGCAGGAGGGCUUUAAAGGGAAUUUUCCUGAUGCGAGGGAACCACCAGACAUGCGGAUGGGACAGAUGGGCAUGGGAGGUGCCAUUGGCAUGAACAAUAGAGGUGCCAUGGGUGGCACCAAUGUCCCAGCUGGUGCACCCCCGGCAGCUGGUCCUGGAGCCAUGAUACCUGAUGGGGCCAUGGGGAUGACUCCACCACCGCCUGCUGAUCGCUUUGGCCAGGGCAGCGCAAUGGAAGGACUUGGAGCUAUGGGAGGAAACCCGCCUGGCUUCAACAGAGGAAAUCCUGGGGGGGAAUUUGGUCCUAACAAACGUCGCAGAUACUAAUAGGAUUAAGCUACCCCCUACCGACACCCCAAAGAGGAAAGGAAUCUUGGCAGGCCAUGCAGGGUUCUACUUGGGUGGGGGGAGAUUCUUCACAGUAGUUUAAUUAGGGCCUGCCUUGGCAAAGCCGCUCUAGGGACGGGGAGUGCAGUCUGACUGGUAAAGGUUCUAGUAAAUUUUGUGUGGUGCAUUCCUAUAAUUUCAAUGUGAAAAUGACUUCUGGGAGGUUUCAGUAGCUGUGCAGUAAAAGUAAGACCUGGCUAGGACCCUGAUGCCUUUACCAUUCCAAGUUUCCUGUAUGCAGCCACAGCCCUGAGACUAACUUAGAUACAGUUGAAGUAUUUCUUAGCUUUCUUCUAGCCCAAUACAGCUCCUCUGGGAGCACAGGCAAGUCUCUGGAGCAUUAAGGGAGCACCCAGAUAUUUUGCAGACCCCAGUGACUCUGUAAAUUUAUAUAGCUUCAAAUGGCCCAUCAUGUAGUGAAACGGAAGGGUUUUAUGUUCUUUUUUUAACUUGUAGUUUUUACUUUUUCUCUGGACCAUCUCUUUCUUUAAAGUAGUUGCCCAUCGUGUGCAGCCUGAAUGGCUGGAAGGCUCUUGUUUGGAUGGAUCUUUUGGUAUGUGUUGUACCGCUGUUUAUUUUUACUGGUAGUAAAGUACAAUCUAUUGGACAAAAAUACUGUAUCUCAUGCUGAAGACUUAACUGAAACAAUUGUUUGUAUAAUCUUAACCUUGCCUGUCUUUUGUGUAGAAGUACUACAAGAUUUUCAUUUAGUGUAAACUGUUUGAACAUGAGCUGUAAUUGUCCCACUAACAAGUUUGAGUUUGUCUGAGGAAUGUUACAGGAAUGCAUUAUUAAAGUGGAUUUUAAGCCUUUUU